UGGCGUAGUCCCAUAACCGUAUCACACGUCAGACACGGUUACAGACUCGCAGUCAGUCCGUCCUUGACACUUUGUCCUGUCAUGGCCUUGCCUUCUCUGCUUACUGUUCUAUACAUUCAUCGUAUGUUAUGAUGAAGCCACCAAACCAGCGUUGUAGAACAUCGCAGUUCGUUGAACUGAAUUCCCAGCGACGAAGACGACGCGGAUAAGAGUCACUUUGAAGACAGACAUGACAUUGCAUUUCGAUGUCUGUUGUGAGGAGGAGGAGGCUGCGGCAGCAGCAUCGAUUCAAGUGUAUAAAGAGUCGAUAGAUGGGAGGCAUGAGUUAUUUUUGAUCUGCACGGGAGAUGGCAGCAGGGGAGAUCCAAGGGAGGACGAUAUAAUGAUACCUACAAUAGAUCAAAGAAUGAAUAUGAUUCCAAAGCUUUAGUCUCUUUGCACUUGAAAUCUGGCGGAGCCGGAUUUUGUAUGGCACUCGAUUCCUGGUGUCAUUCACACUAUAACGAGCAGUGCAUGUAGUAGGGUACAUUUGCAUAAAGCAGGGACCGAGGGAGGAAGAGGUGGAAAAGAGGAUAUCUCUGAGCUGCUCGACACCCACCCGGAGGGUACCUUGAUUUGUUGCUGGGGGCCGGACACCAGCGAAGGUGGCUGAUGGGGUAGUGUGGGCGGGGUAAUAGUUCCCCUGGGAAAGACUGGGAACGUACGCACGGAGUUAUCUUGUACCCGUGUGAUUGGGCGCAUGAAGGCUCGUGGCUACCACGUGAUAUAGAGCACUAGCUACCAAUUUGCCUCAGGACUCCUCAACCACCAGCUUCAAAACAGAGUCCUCAGAGUCCUUCAUAGCGUCCCAUUGGUUUCGAGCUUUGGACCUUCCUGUCCGAAAGCAAGGUGCAUUCUUUAUUUAAAAAAUUGUAAAAGGGGAAGACUUUGGAGAGAGAUUUUUGGCCGUUCAGGUUGACAUAGGGCAUAGACAUCGGCUUGUUCGUAAAAAGAACAAAAUGAAGAGUGCAGUUAUGGCCAAAUAUACCUCCCUUACCACCUCGGAAGUGUUUUUCAGUUAGGAUUUCAUUUAUUAUUCAAGAGAGUAGAAUUCUUGCUCAUUGUCACGACCU